AUGUCCCAUGAAGCUGGUCCAUCGAGGAUCACCCCAUCUUCGUCCAUAGGCACUCCGAGUGGAACAAGCGGAGCAAGUGGGCAAUCGCAACAGCCAAACCUGUCCUAUCCACUGAAUUGGACAAGCCCCAAUCCUCCUGCUGAAUUACCUAUCCCAUACAACCCAUAUUCUCAGUCCUAUGGGAGGCCGACACUUCCUCCACUAGAUCCUUCAACGCUACCGAAAACCCAGCGUUCUCCUUCUCCCUCACCCUCGUCCGAAGUAGUUCAUCGACAUUGGGACACCGCAAUUCGCUCUUUCCUAGAACGAAUGGGUCUUCAACAAGCUCUCAGAGGCUUCGAACUUGAUAUGCUGGUACUGAAUUCAGACUGGGAACGAGAGAACGCUCCGAAAAUUGUAGACACGCUUGUGUCAGAUUUAACGCGUAUGAAAGAUGCUGAGCAAGAAGACCCGCCUACGCCUCUUGAUGACAGGAAGCUUGCUUACACCCCAAUGGAAAACCCUCGAGCACCCAGCUCGACGAUCAAAGAAAUUUCAAGAUUCUUGUCCAAGAAUCGAUCGAAGAAUGAAGCUUCUAACCGCGAAGAAUUUCUUAAUGCUCCAGGAACAACGAGUUGCGCGCGUACAGAUGCCAAGCACCAAGACCGAGACCUUCAGAUGAAGUAUGACAUAGCGAAAAACGAGGAUGGACCGCUUCGACGGACGAUGAAAGACUUCCAUGCUGAAGCUCAGCAAGCAACUGUGGCCCCUAGCACUACCAAGGAUGCGCAAUUACAUCCCGGACUAGAUGACCGCCUCAAAACCGUUGAAACCCACCUCGCCAUACGAUACGUCCCCUCGAUGCCUCGAGACUUCCUGACUCGGCUCAAGUUCUUGGAGGAUCACAUCAUACGACUUGAAAAGGACUAUCCUCCUUGGGCAGCUUUGCACUUCAACCAACCCAACCGAGGUUGGCCCCCACCGCCACGAUCAAAUCCCAUAAUCGUGCCGCCACACCUAAGAGCUCCUGCCUCCGUUGUCAAGCCGGCAACUUCGGACGCCUCAAAUGCCCCCCUCCGGGGUGAGAAGUCGAGUCUACAUCAAGCCGUUAUGGAGAGAUUGGAAGUUCAGCAAGCCAUGGGCGAGUUAACCGCGCCCUCUAAUGCCACCUAG